GGAAACCAAAACCAAGAAGCAGAGCUGCCAAAUAAGGCUAGAAGUUUGGAAAAAUCCGUCCCAGGUACCUCAGCAAAUGCAAACAAAACAGUAGGUUUUAAUGAAAACUAUGUUGUUAAGGAACCUUUGACAAAAAGUCAAGACCAAAAGAAAACUGAAGAAAAAGUAAAAGACAUGAUAGUUUGUGAAGAAACAUGUCAGGAACUGCCAGAACAACCAAAACAAACAGAACACGUGUUACAAAAUAGUUAUGUGGAAUAUGAUAACAACAGAACACAAG